AUGGCGGCAUGGCGGCAUGGCAGCCCAAGGCAACGGCCGCAUGACAGAGAGGGACAAGAAUGGGGCCACGCCAAUUUCCACCCGGCCUCAGCCUGGGGAGCCUUUUGCACGCUCUGUCUUGGGGCCAAGUGCAAAGACAUGCAAGACGACAUGCAGGACAGCGCAGGACACGCAGGACACGCAAGACCCCCCCGCCUCGAGCGAUGCACGACUGUCGUGCGCAGCAGUCUGGAUGCUCGCGUUACAUUGACAAUCAAUCUCGUACUACCCCAUCCGGCUAGUCCCAUGCGCCGCCUAGCCCAUGCCACCGCAAUUUGGCCCCAGGACGCCCCCGUGCCACAGCACCAAACGUCGGUAUGA